AGGAUACAUGGCUCCUGAAUAUGCAACAAGGGGUUACUGACAGACAAAGCAGAUGUUUACAGGCUUUGGAGUUGUUGCAUGGAGAUUGUUAGUGGAAGGAGCAACACAAGUUAUAGGCCCAAGGAGAACUCGUUUUUCUUCUUGAUCAGGCCUAUGUUUUACAAGAGGAGGGAAGACUGCUUGAACUCGUUUGACCCAAGCCUUGGUUCGAACUACUCAAAGGAAGAGGCAAUGCAGAUGUUGAACCUGGCUAUUAUAUGCACCAACCUAUCUCCAACUCUCAGACCCACAAUGUCCACUGUGGUGAGCAUGCUAGACGGGAAGAUGCCUGUGCGGGUACCUACUACAGAGUCCAGAGACUCCAAGAGCCAUGGAUCUGAGAAUCAGGUCCUUUGAGGAAAUAUCCCAAGAAAGCCAAGCACGGAGCUUUCCGACUGAUGAGCAACGGUUUGAUACCUCAAUGUCUGCCCAAAGUUGCGAGGAAGAAAUAACUCCACUUCCUGGAUCAAGCAACCUUCUAUCAGAUUACAGAAUUAGUUUAUAGUUGAGGGGUUGUGGAAAAGUAAAUUAAAAGCACUCACCUUCUGGAUAUAAAUGCAUGGAUGUACGUAAGGAGAUGAUAUAAUUAAGAACAGAUCAUGUGGACGCAUAUCCGUCAUCUCUUCUGUUAUAGUCAAGAAUAAAGUGGGCGUCUUGCCUCAAGCAGACUUGUGACUCUCUCCAUUACAGAUACAGUGGUUCUCGUGCAGCAAAAGUUGUAUUGUUACGAAGAGCUCACAUGGUUAGUUUCGUUUUAUAGAAGAAAAUAGAAGGAUGUUUUUCUUAAAUUUCCACUAGUUGUAUGGGUAUUUAACAGGAAACUGUGUGAUAUUUGGAAGAAUAAUAAUACAGCGGCUUUAGUAUUUCUGCUGCA